AUGCGUUUCACUUCGUUAGGAGCGCUUGCGCUCAGCGCCGGAGCUGCUUUUUCCAAGGAAAUUGCCAAAGAUGAGGUCCGCGGAGCCGAGUUGUACGACUCUGGAAUUAAGCAUUCCAAGAUCAUGGCUGCUAAAAAGGCUCAUUGGGAGAGUGAGGCUGCCGCCGGUGCCAUGGACUCCUCACAGUUCCCCAAACUCGGAUAUACAAAGUGUAUCAAUGGCUUUGCCGACGCGGUGCCGGGCGACCCAUUGUACAAGUUCAAGUGCAAGAAUAUGGAUCUGUAUUCUUUCAUUUCUCACACAGAUCUUGGUGCUCCUACCGGAGAGGGUAGUUCGACGUGGGGUUGGACAGACCCCGACUCUGGCCGCGAGUUUAUUGCCCAUGGAGCAUACGAAGGUACUGCCAUGGUUGAAAUCACCAAGACUGGGCAGUUGGUAAAGCUAGGAUUCCUUCCCUCAUACGCCCCAGUCGGAUACUAUUCAAUCUGGCAUGAGAUUCGUAGCUACAAGAACUACAUGCUCAUCGGUAGUGAACUACCUGGUCACGGUAUUCAAAUCUUUGACAUGAAAAAGCUCCUCACCAUUGAUCCAGCGAGCCCUGUUACUUUCGACGGCAAGAAAGAUUUGACUGGCCAUUUCGCCGAUCUCCCUCUGGGAAGGACCCAUAAUGUUGUCAUUAACGAAGAAUUGGGAUACGGAGUUUCUGUGGGAGCUGCACCAAGAACUAGCCCUUGCCGCGCAGGUCUUAUCUUUUUUGACCUCAAGGACCCAUCCAACCCAAAAAGCUUAGGGUGUGAUCCUCAAGAUGCUUACGUUCAUGAUGCGCAAUGUCUCGUCUACCACGGCCCUGACAAGCAGUACGAGGGCAGAGAUAUCUGCUACGGCUACAACGAGGACACCCUGACAAUUUACGAUGUUACCUACAAGAAUGCCUCAAAAGUUAUUUCCCGUACUUCCUACGAGGGAGCUUCGUACACCCACCAAGGCUGGGUUCUUGACAAGAACUGGCAGCAAUAUCUCCUUAUGGAUGAUGAGGUUGACGAAGAGGAUUCGGCAGGACCUGCCGCAGAUGGCUAUCCUGUGACAUACAUCUGGGAUAUCUCAUCGCUUGCAGCACCAAAGCAGACAGGUAUCUACAAAGCUACAAACCGCGGUAUAGACCAUAAUCAGUACGUGAUUGAUGGAUUAUCUUAUCAGUCCAAUUACGGUGCUGGUCUGCGUGUCUACGACGUCUCUUCCAUCCCAACUGAUCCAACCGGAAAGGGUGUCUGCGAAACCGCCUUCUUCGAUAUCUACCCAGAAGAUGACAACGCUGAGGGUGGCGGUAUCGUGCAGUACUCCGGAACCUGGGCAUCAUACGCCUACUUCAAGUCCGGCUACAUUUACAUCAACACCAUCGAGCGCGGAGGAUACGUCGUUAAGAUGACCAAGCGUGAAGCUUGCAAAGCCCCAACCUGUAACGCUGACAACUGUCUCCGUGCUAUGCGCGCCACCAGCGUUCCAGGCCGUCUCGCUGAAAGUCAAGAGUUUUGCGGUGCUUUCACUAAGACUUUCGUGGCUGAUGUCAGUGUCCUGCCUUCGUAUGCGGCUAGUGCUUGCUCUGGGAAUGUUAUUUCCAGAGUUAGCUCCGCAUGUGCUUGCUUGCCAACGGCGUAA